CCUCGUGGGCCAUUUUUUUAAGCGUUAGCAAAACAACCGCAGAGAGAAGACUGCUUGUGCUCUCAGGGAAGCUUAUUUUCGAGAUCAUGCCCUAUGAUCCCGAUCAUCCUCCGGCUAAAAAAUUUAAGCCGGCGUCCGUUUUCUUCCGCCUCGACAAGCAGAAACCUGGCAUGCUGCUGCCUGGGAAGGUAAAAGCCACCACGCCGAUUGAAGUCCAAAGGAAACAACUUCCUAUUUACCAAGCCAGGACUCAGCUUGUGAGCCAACUGAGACAGCUUCACAAUGCAAUCCUCAUAGGCGAGACCGGCUCAGGGAAGACCACGCAGAUUCCCCAGUAUCUGUACGAGGCUGGGAUCGGACGCCAGGGCCUAGUUGCCGUCACUCAGCCCCGCCGAGUGGCUGCCAUCUCGCUUGCCGGAAGGGUGGCAGAAGAGAAGGGGACGCAGCUCGGCAAGCUGGUGGGUUACUCGGUGCGUUUUGAGGAUAUCACGUCCCCUGAGACCAAGCUGAAGUUCAUGACAGACGGCAUGCUUCUGCGUGAGGCCAUUGGUGACCCCUUACUGCUGCGCUACACUGUAGUAGUCCUGGAUGAAGCCCAUGAGCGCACAGUCCACACGGAUGUGCUCUUCGGAGUGGUUAAGACGGCGCAGCGCAGGCGCAAAGAACUUGAGAAGAUUCCUCUGAAGGUCAUAGUGAUGUCAGCUACAAUGGAUGUGGACCUGUUCUCUGAAUACUUCAACAAGUCACCUGUACUCUACCUGGAAGGCAGACAACACCCCAUUCAAAUCUACUACACCAAGCAGCCUCAGUCCGACUAUCUGCAAGCUGCCCUUGUCUCCGUGUUCCAGAUACACCAGGAAGCACCUCCAUCACACGAUAUCUUGGUCUUCAUGACGGGCCAGGAGGAGAUCGAAGCUCUCGCAAGGACAUGCCGAGACAUUGCCAAGCAUCUGCCAGACAACUGUGGACCCAUGGUGGUCCUCCCUCUGUAUGCCUCGUUGCCCCCGACCCAGCAGCUCCGGGUCUUUCAGCCGGCUCCAAAGGGUUGUAGGAAGGUGAUCUUGUCGACCAACAUAGCAGAGACAUCAGUUACAAUCUCUGGGAUCAAAUACGUCAUAGACACAGGCAUGGUGAAGGCCAAGCGUUUUAAUCCUGACAGCGGCUUGGAGGUCCUGACAGUGCAGAGAGUUUCCAAAGCGCAGGCGUGGCAGCGAGCAGGCCGUUCUGGCAGGGAGGACUCGGGAUUUUGCUAUCGUCUUUACACUGAGCAGGAAUUUGACAACUUCAUCCCGAUGACUGUGCCCGAGAUUCAGAGGUGUAACUUAGCCAGUGUGAUGCUGCAGCUCAUGGCGUUAGGGAUUCAAGAUGUCAUGAAUUUUGAGUUCAUGUCUAAGCCCUCGCCAGAGGCCAUUGGCUCAGCUGUGGCGCAUUUAGAGCUGCUGGGGGCUGUGGAAAGAAACGAGGGCCACGUUCUCCUCACUGCUUUGGGAAAGAGGAUGUCCAACUUCCCUCUGGAGCCCAGAUAUGCCAAGACCAUCCUGCUGUCCCCCAGCUUCUCCUGCUCAGAGGAGAUUUUGAGCAUCGUGUCUCUGCUGUCGGUGGACACGGUGUUAUACAACCCCCCGGCACGGCGAGAGGAAGUGCUUGCCGCACGCAAGAAGUUCACAUCCAGCGAAGGGGAUCACAUGACGCUCCUCAACAUCUACAGAGCGUUCAAGAAAGUCAGCGGGAAUAAGGAGUGGUGUCGGGAGAACUUUGUCAACAGCAGGAACAUGGGCCUCGUGAAAGAGGUCCAAGCUCAACUCAGAGAAAUCUGCCUUAAGCUGAAUUUAAAGCUGGAGUCAUGCGGCGCGGACACAGGCAAGGUCCGCCAGUGCCUCGCCCACGGGAUGUUCAUCAACGCCGCAGAGCUUCAACCCGACGGCAGCUAUUUAGCCCUGGACGCUCACCAGCCGGUAGCCAUCCACCCUUCCUCUGUCCUCUUCCAGGCCAAGCCAGCGUACGUGGUCUUCAACGAGCUGCUGCACACCUCACGCUGCUACAUGAGGGACUUGUGUCUAGUCGACGCCGACUGGCUGCUGGAUGCCGCCCCAGAGUACUUUGGCCGGAAACUACAUCUCACCAAGAGCUAACCACCUGAGAGUGCAGUAUGAGUGGCCAACGCAGGGAUGUGAAGGACUAUGACGGUGAUGGAUGGCACUACCUCCCGCUUACUGAGUCUUACUGUAAGUCAGUGUCUGCACAUCCAUGCCUCGCUACUUUCCACCGAUUCAAAUGUUGCCAAAAGGCAGCACUCAGCAGCUCCACACUUUUUCUUGCAACGUUUGCUUGUCGUCUCACGGAAGACGAAUAUUGUACGUGCUUUUUUUUUUUUUAAUCUUAAAAUCAUUAGAAUCCAAAUGGAAAUAAUUGUCGAACUUCCAAAGAAAGCUUGUUAUUUAGACCGGGGGUGACCAAGUGUGGCCCCCGGCACGUUCUAAAAAUAUAAUUUAACAAGGAAACUGUAAAAAAAAAAAAAAAACAGCAAAAAAUGGAAAAAUCUGUUAAUUAAAUCAAUCAAUUAAAGAAGAAUAAAGUCAAAAUAUUAAGUGAAAAGAGUUGUAAUCUCACGAGGAAAAAGUCACAAUUUUAUGAGAAUAACGUCGUCGUAUUAGGUGGAAAAAUAAUUUUAGUAGCGUUAAGCUGAAAUAUUCAAGAAAAAAAAUACUUUUUUGAAGUCUUAAUAUGAGAAACAAAAAAGACACAAAGUUGUAAUUUUUGGGUAAAUUAGGUGGCGGAAAAAGUUAUAAUGUUACAAAAAUCAAGUCAAAAUAUGGGAAUAAAGUCAUCGUUACGAGAAGAAAAAUUACAAGAAGAAAGGUGAAAUAGUUGGAAAACUAAAACAACAGCAGCAGAAAUUGGGAAAAAAAACAGCUGUGAUUGUAAAGGAAUAAAGUCAAAAUAUUAACAGUAAAAAGUUGUAUUCUAAUGAGCAAAAACACCCAAUUUUAUGAGAAUGAACUCAUAAUAUCAUGAGGCGGAAAAUGUUAUUUUAGUAGCAUAGCAUUGAAAAUGUUUGUUUUUUUUUAAGUUGUAAUUUUAUGGCAAAUAAGCAAAACAACAAAGUUGUCAGUUUUGGAAAAUUACGUUGCGGAAAAAGUUACAUGACUAGAAUAAAGUCAUAAUUACGAAAAAUACGAAAAGAGAAAGUUUAAAUCGUUGGAAAAGUAAAACAACCAAAAUUGAGAAAAAAAAACUGCUGUAAUUUUACAAGAAUAAAGUCAAAAUAUUAAGACAAAAAAAGUCAUUCUAAUGAGGAAAAAAAAUAGAUUUUAUGAAAAUAAACUCAGGAAAAAUGUCGUAUUCGUAGCAUAUUGUUUAAUUUUUUUUUUAAGUUGUAACUUUAUGAGAAACAAACAAAACAUUUUUUGGAAAAUGAGGUUGCUGAAAAAGUUUAAAUGUCACAAGAAUAAAGUAAAAAUAUUAUGGGAAUAAAGUUGGAAUUCCGAGAAGAAAAAUUACAAGAAAGUUGAAAUAGUUGGUAAAUUUAAGCAACAGCAGAAAUUGACAAAAAACAGCUGUUAUUUGACAAGAAUAAUGUCAAAAAUAUUAAGAGUAAAACAUCGUAUUCUAACAAGAAAAAAGUCAAUUUUAGGAGAAUAAACUCAUAUGAGGAAAAUUUAUGUUAUUUUAGUAAUAUCCAGUUGGAAAAUUAUAUAUUUGUUAAAAGUCGUAAUAUGAGAAACAAAAGAAAAUAAAGUUGGAAUUUUUUGGAAAAUUAGGUUCGGUAAAAAGUUAUAUCAGGGGAAUAAGGUCGUAAUUUUACGAGAAUAACGUAGUUUUAUGAAGAUAAUUAUCUCAUUUUAGUAGCAUGAAGUUGAAAUAUUUAAGAAAAACUUUAUUUUUUUAAGUCAUAAUAUGACAAACAAAAUAAAGAUGUAAUUUUUGGAAAAUUAGGUUGUGGAAAAAUGUUGACCGUUACGACAAUAAAGCCAAAAUAUUACGGGAAUAAAGUCAUAAUUGCAAGAAGAAAGGCCAAGUAGCUGGCAGAUUAAAACAGCACAAAUGGAAUAAAACGGUCAUUUUCCGAGAAUGGAGUCGUAUUCUAACGAGGGGGGAAAAAGUCGCAGUUUUUACGAGAAUAAACACACACUAUGAGGAAUAAUAAUGUCAUUUUAGUGACACAGAGUUGAAAAAGGGGUUGUUGUUUUGUUUUUUUUUUUAGUUGUAAUAUGAGAAACAAAGUUGUAAUUUUUGGAAAAUUAAGUUGGGGAAAAAUGUUAUAUUAUAGGAAUAAAGUCAUACUAUUACAAAAAGAAAAUUUAUAAAGAUUAUUUAAGUUGAAAUAUUUGGAAAAAUUUAAAAAAAAAUCAAAAGUGGGGAAAAAAGAGGGAAAUUGAUGAUCAUGAUGGGCUUUUUCACUUACAUCACAAAGUUUUUUCUUGAAAUAGACAGUGUAUCACUUCUUAGCAUAUCUACAUGUGUUGCCUUGUAAAAUGUCAAAGUGGCCCUUGCAUCCUUUGGCUUUUCACUAUGUGGCCCUCGCUGCUUCAGACAAACGUUGGCCAUGUCUUGUAUUGAAUUCAUACAAAGCGGUUUAGAACAGAUCACAUGUAGGCCAUGGCUGUAGAUUUGUUUCAGACCAUGUUGUAUUCACAAACAUUACUACUCACAAAAUGGGAAAUGUUCAGUGUUUUUGUGAAUUUUCCCUUUGGCUCCUUGUCGGAGAGCAGCAGAUUGUGCAAAAAGUAUUGGAAGGUUGGACGUGUGCGUUCAAAAGAAGGUGCAUUUUAGCUUUGUUCUGCAAUUUCACCGGAAAGCCAAAUAUCCCCGUACUUGUUGUGGGUAGUGGAUGUUCUUGCAUGUCAAACAGACAUGAUCUUCCUUUUUUAAUCGGCCUACGUCAGCACGCACUUGUGCAUGCUCUUUAUUUAUUUAUUUUAGUUUGUUUUUUUUACACCUUUUCUAAAUAAUAAAAGAAGCAUGUGAAUGUCAUCUAAUUCUACCUUUUGAUAGUGUGCAUUCAGCUGAAAACCUACAGUUGUAGCAGAUGUAUGCAAUGCACGUAGAUUAUGAACAAUGAUCUGACUCCUCAGGUCUUUUGCACUUUGUAGAAUGUAAAUGAUAAGCAUCUUUUGUUGUUUUUGUACACGAGGCUCAGGAUUGUACAGUAUAUACUGUAACUACACGUUAUUUCUUACGCUGUGAAAACCACAUAUGAGAUGCAUGUCUUUUACUUAUAUUAAAGUAUUGCAUUUGAAUUGGGUUAUUUUGAAUUUGUAUACUGUAUCAAGAUUUUUUUGGUUUUGUUUGUCAAAUGUAAUGUAGGUGCAAUUCUGCAUUGUCAUACAUACACAAAAUUAUUUAUUAUUUUUAAAAAAGACGAAUUUUAGCGAGACCUCGCAGAAUUUUUGCGGGACCCCGCAAUAACUUUUUUUUUCUGGGGUUAUCCCGCAAAACUGUGACGCUACAGGACACACUUCCGGUCAUAGCUGGCCUCCACAUAGCGGAAAUCGGCUGGAAAUGCAUCAUUUAAUUUCCAUCUUCAGCAUUUCCCCAUGCACAACUGCAGAGGUAUAAAGUGAUACUGCCUCUAUAAGAACAAGAUCAAUUCUGUGAUGGUUAUUCGGCUCGUCUUUUGAAAAUAAAAUGCUAACAUCCAGUCCUA